AAUUAAAAAAAAAAAAAUCUUAGCACUGAGAGCCAAUUGGUGAGAUGUCUAUUUUGACUUGUAGAUGAAGAUGAAGCCCUUUGAGAAGAAUCCAGGAGGGAGACUGAGUUCUAAUUUUUCCUAAGAUACAGGAAAAAAAAACAUUUCAGUAGUCAUCUUUUGGUAGUCUCCUUUUCAUGAUUCAAUACUGGAUCGAGGAAGCUGGUGAUGGAUGACAAUUUAUAGCUCUUGUUUAGUUUACUCUAAACCCUAAACAAUAAAAUCUGGUUCUAGUAGUCAGGAAGGCAGGAUUCACCAUCGGAAAGGGUUACAGAUGAUCUCCAGGUUCUUUCUGCUGUUUGUUGUAUUUGCUGCUGGCCUUCAGGUUGCUCCUGGAGAUACUAAUCCUCAAGAUGCUGCGGCUCUUAGAUCUCUGAUGAGUCAAUGGCAGAACACACCGCCGAGCUGGGGAACUAAUGAUCCCUGCAGUACACCAUGGGAAGGAAUUUCGUGCAGUAACUCCAGGGUAACCAUUCUGACCCUUAACACGAUGGGAAUCAAGGGUACAUUAAGUAGUGAUAUAUCCCAGCUAACCCAGCUUCAAUCAUUGGAUUUGUCUUUAAACAGUAAACUCGGUGGCCCAGUUCCUCCGAACAUUGGAAAUCUCAAGCAGCUCACCACCCUGAUCUUGGCUGGUUGCAGUUUCACCGGUAACAUUCCACAAGAGCUUGGCAACUUGGAAAAUCUGUAUUUCUUGGCUCUCAACUCAAACAAUUUCACGGGAAGGAUACCGGCCUCAUUGGGGCAGCUCUCCAAUUUAUACUGGUUCGACCUGGGAGACAACCAGCUAACUGGAGUUAUUCCAGUCUCCUCAAACACCUCCCCUGGGUUGGAUCUGCUUGUCAACACAAAGCAUUUCCAUUUCAACAAAAACCAGUUAUCAGGUGGGAUACCGGAAAGUCUCUUCAGUUCCAAGAUGACACUUAUACAUUUACUCUUUGAUUCAAAUAAAUUUACAGGACAGAUUCCAGAAUCAAUAGGGCUAGUAACAUCACUUGAGGUUCUCCGACUUGACAGGAAUUCUCUAGGUGGUACAGUUCCUUCUAAUUUAACCAACCUUGUAAAACUGAACGAGCUGAGUUUGGCAAAUAAUCAACUAAUUGGCCCAAUUCCUGAUCUGACUGGGAUGAGCCUUCUGAACUAUGUGGAUCUGAGCAACAAUUCUUUUGAUUCUAAUCAAGCUCCAAACUGGUUCUCAACACUUGAAUCCCUAACAACUUUGGUGCUGGAAUCUGGAGGGCUCAAUGGGAAUAUUCCAACACAAAUGUUCAGCUUUCCCCAAAUACAGCAAGUGUUACUAAGUAACAAUGCAUUCAAUGGUACCUUAGAUUUGGGUAAAACCAGCUCAGGUUUACAGCUUGUCGAUUUCAAAAACAAUGCCAUCUCUGGGUUCAAAUCAUCACCACGCUACAAUGAAAACCUAAUACUAUAUGGGAAUCCAGUGUGCACUACGCAACUAUUAAACUCCAUUUACUGCAGCCUUCAACAAGAGCUGCAACAGCCUUAUUCCACUGGCCUAGGCCAGUGUAAUUCUACUUCAUGUCCCUUUGAUCAAAGCGUUAACCCUCAGAGUUGUAACUGCGCCUACCCAUAUGAGGGUUUGUUAAUAUUCAGAGCACCUUUCUUUCGAGAUUUGUCAAACAGCUCAAGAUUCCAAGAACUAGAAAGCAAUCUUUGGACUCAGCUAAAGCUUGCUCCUCAUUCAGUAUCUCUCUCAAAUCCCUUCUUUAAUAGUGAUAACUAUCUACAAGUGGAGUUAAAAUUGUUUCCACCUUCUGGAAUGUACUUCACCCGGUUGGAUGUUCUGAAAAUUGGGUUUGCUCUGAGCAACCAGACGUUGGACAUUCCGAGCAUAUUUGGACCAUACUCUUUCAUUGGCUCUCCUUACCCUUUUCCAUCAGGCAGUAAUAGUGGAGGAAGCUCAAUGAGUACGGGAGUAAUUGCUGGAAUUGCAAUUGGUUGUGUCAUUCUACUUGUUGUUCUUGUCAUUGUCGGUAUCUAUGCCUUCAGACAAAAGAAGAGAGCUCAGAGAGCCGUAGAACAAAACAAGCCUUUUGCUUCAUGGAUAUCCAAGGGUAAAGAAAGUGACGGUGCACCGCAACUAAAAGGAGCAAGAUUGUUUUCCUAUGACGAGCUCAGAAAGAGCACUAACAAUUUUGCAGAAACUAAUGAAAUCGGAUGCGGAGGCUAUGGCAAGGUUUACAAGGGAUUUCUUUCAAGUGGAGAACUGGUAGCAAUCAAAAGAGCACAGCAAGGAUCCAUGCAGGGAGGCCAUGAAUUUAAGACUGAGAUUGAAUUACUUUCAAGGGUUCAUCACAAAAACCUCGUAGGUCUUGUAGGUUUUUGCUUCGAGCAAGGAGAGCAAAUGCUGGUAUACGAGUACAUCCCAAAUGGAACGCUCAGAGAAAGCUUAAUCGGAAAAGAUGGCAUACAACUUGACUGGCCCAGAAGACUUAAAGUUGCUCUAGGCUCAGCAAGAGGAUUAGCAUAUCUUCACGAACUAGCCAACCCACCAAUAAUCCACAGAGAUGUCAAAUCCACCAAUAUCCUUUUGGAUGAGAAUUUGAUCGCCAAGGUUGCAGAUUUUGGUCUGUCAAAGCUUGUAUCAGACAGCCAAAAAGGCCAUAUUUCCACCCAAGUCAAGGGAACACUGGGCUAUUUAGAUCCAGAAUAUUAUAUGACUCAACAGUUGACAGAAAAGAGUGAUGUGUACAGUUUUGGAGUGGUAAUGUUGGAAUUGAUAAUGGCCAAGCAACCAAUAGAGAAGGGGAAGUAUAUUGUUAGGGAGGUGAGAAUGGCUUUAAAUGAUAAGGAUGAAGAGUACUACGGUCUGAGGGAGAUGAUGGACCCUGCAUUACGUAGCACAGAAAAUCUAAUAGGAUUCAGGAGGUUUGUAGAGCUGGCCAUGCUGUGUGUUGAAGAAUCAGCUUCACAACGUCCAACAAUGAAUGAAUUGGUUAAGGAAUUUGAGACUAUGUUACACAAUGCGGGACUGAACUCAAAUUCGAAUUCAACGCCUUCUUCAGCGACAGACUUUGGGAACACAAAGAAUGCUCAUCAUCCUUACAAUGAGCCACUGCCAAGGAAGGACUUCCAUAGUGAUUCCUUUGAAUAUACUGGUGGUUUCCAAUUUGCCUCAAAAAUUGAACCGAAAUAGAAAUGCCUUUUUUUUUUUUUUUGUUGAAUACAUUUGUUAGGUAAAUAUUCUUGAUAAGGUGUGUUCUUAGUGUAAGGUAGGUAACUGUAUGUGAUUUUAUCACAAGUAAAUGAAGGAUUGUAGUUUUAUAUAGCAAUCAAAGGUUGAAGUUGGCUGAUAAAAGAGGAGAAGAAGGUGGGGAAAAUCAGGUAUUUUAAGUGCUCAUUGGUUUGGAAGUGAAGGAUACAAUUAGCAAGAACAGAGAAGUGAGUUGUUCUGGAUGAGUGCUGGUAAGCCAUAAUAAAUACCAAGUGAUGUGCCAAUAGAGUCUUCUUAUUGAUAGCAACAUGAAGGAUUCAAUGUUUUUUUUUUUUUUU